GUCGUCCGCGACAGACUAGCGCACACGUACGCGCUCGUUUUUUCCCGAGGUCGAUCGUCAUCUGUGAACGAUUCUCGCUUAUUAUUCGCGGAGGAAUAUUCUCAGAAAUAGUCCGGCUGAGCUUUCAAUAAUUUUUUCACCCUCCGCAAAUGAAUGCUCGACCACGGCGAGGAUUGUUUUGCUCAUCUCGUGCCGAGUCGCUGACAGCUUGAUGAAUGAUUGGAAAUUCGACGCACCGAAGGCUCGUGAUGAUUCAGUGCUCGGCAGGUUGUGCUAAAAAGUGCGGGAAAACUCACAUCGUGACGAGAUCAUGAUGAAACGGAAAAGAUUCUUGAGAUCGUGCAGGUACGGAUGCUGUCAGAAGACUCUCGGGAACCCUCGUGGACCCAAGGAAAACAAAUGAGCCUCACCACUCGAACGCUUGUUUUAUCUUUGAUCUUUUAAUCGCACCGCGUCAGAAACAUUUUUAACGAAGUUAUCGAGUGUUCAGUGUACGACCUGUGGAUCGAAUAACCUUUCGAAAGUUUGGCCAGAUGCGAAGGUACUUAUUAGGCCAGCCGGUGAAUAUCGACGGACGAAACUACUCCACCUAAUAAUUAAUCAAAACGACAAUUAUGUGGAGGUGUAAAGCAGAGAACCCGGGCGAAGCAAUAGUGAAAUUAAAGCGUUUAUGAUCGAUCCGUUCAUUGGCGAUCGUCUAGUUCAUUUUCCAUAAAAAAUGAAUGACUAGCUCCGUCGGUAAUUCAGUCAGCAGAAAAGAUCGGUGGCGAUUGAGAAGGUAAAAUAUUUGAAUCGGUCGUAUCACGGAUUCAGAGUGCAACGCUGCGUCGCGGCAGCACUCGGUGCAUUCGCUGCACUCGGUGCAAAAAAUUGCCGAUGGGAUGCAUCUUCCGGUGGACUCAGUGAGCUGCGGCGAGAAUUAUGGAUGCGUCGGCUCACAUCACGAUAGUGCCGGUCUCGUAGUAGGUUCUUCGUUGACGCCUCAUCGGGGAGGCGUCCUCGAGCCGAGAUAUACGACGGAAGAAGACAACGACGAAAGGGGUGGCGGUGGAGGCGGCGGUGGCGCUGGGGUUAACGGCGCCGCCGGCUCAGGAUCCGGUGAGAUGAGUGAAGGCGCCGCCGUCGGCGAGCUCUGGUGGACCGAGAGACUCGUCGGCGAAGCACAGGCCGAACAUCCUGGGGAACUCGUUCGCACAGGAUCGCCAUAUUUUCUUUGUAGUCAACUCCCGACGCACUGGCGUUCCAACAAAACGUUGCCGGUAGCAUUCAAAGUAGUGGCGCUCGGUGACGUCGGCGAUGGCACCCUCGUCACCGUUAGAGCUGGAAACGACGAGAACUGUUGCGCCGAGUUGAGGAACGCAACUGCGUUAAUGAAGAAUCAAGUUGCCAAGUUUAACGACUUGAGGUUCGUCGGGAGAAGUGGACGGGGCAAGAGUUUCAGCAUCACGAUCACCGUUUCGACUACGCCACCGCAGGUCGCGACGUACACAAGGGCGAUAAAAGUAACGGUGGAUGGACCCCGAGAGCCUCGAUCAAAAACCAGACAGCAGCACCAACAGUUUCGAGCGUUGGGUCUUGGGCAACGACCAUUCCUCGAUGCUCCAUCCUCUUUCACUUCGCAUCUCCGAGAGUUGGAGUCUUAUCGUCGGAACAAACACCAUCACAGCCACCACCACCAUCAUCAUAAUCAGAAUCACCAUAAUAAUCAGAGUGAGGGAGGCGAUAGUGGUCAUGCUCAUUUGCAGCAACAACAAAACGCGAAUGCUAAUGGUAGCUCGGGUGGUAAUGGUUGCAACGAUCCGCACAACGUGGCUAAUCCGGUCGCUGGAACUUCGCCGUCUUCGGCUACUCAUCUUGGCCAGACGACUGGAUCAUCGCACCAGGAAUGUUAUAAACAUAGUCCCCAACACGGCGAUACGACUGCAGCUAGCACAGCAGAAUGGACUUAUCCAUCGACAGCCCCUUCUUAUCCAGCACCGUCGGGCAGCGACGGUGGAUCUUACUCGCCACUUCCUGGUGGGGCUUUUUCCUAUCCCGGUGAAUCGCUGUCUCAUCAUCCAACUACGGAACCUGUGCCUCUAUCGUCAGUUCUCCCUUCGGAGGCCCAGCACCACGAUGCUUACACCCCGAAUUGCGUGUCGAUGUACCCGAGUCACGGGGCAUCGGGAGCCCCAGCAGUGACAACGACGUUGCCCCUGUUGCCAGGAAAAUCGUCCGGCGAUCCAGAGCUCUUUGGUGCAGUCGGAGGAAACUCGAGUCCUGGUUACCACUAUGGCUCCUGGACGCCAGGGCCCUCGACCCCGGUUCCCGUCGCAUCCCACAAUUACAAUCCCAAUUACCAGGGUUACUACAACAACUCGAGCCAGAAUUACAUCAGUCCAACGCCAAUGGUGCUGUACCCACAGCUCUACAGCACCGUAAAUCAGAAUCAGAUUCAUCUUCAUCUCCAUGGCGAUCUGAGCGAGGAUCAGGUGACAAUUGCCAGUGGUAAUCUCACCAUUAGUGGCAACAGGCUUGAAAUUGGGGUGAUGGGAGAAGAAAACGAGCAGAGUAGAAACGACGUUUGGCGGCCAUAUUGAAAAACCACGUGAAUUCAAAGUACCUCUACACGAAGAAAAAACGUUUCCCUUUACAACGAACGAAAACCAACAACGUUCGACGACGCCUGAUUAAUGCCGAUUGUCCGCGGAUCCAGGGAGUCUAAGGAUCUCAGUGAAUUUCUCCACGGGCGGGAUCGAUCGCCGUCCCAAGUCCGGAUUAAUUUUCCCAGGGAACUGAUGGAAAGUCACUGAUUUUUCGUCACGAAUCAACGAGUUAUUUCAGUUUUGAGUUAUCGCAGGAUAACAAAACUCCCCAAAAAACGAUGUGAUCGUGAAAAUAAUGUCGAAAGAACAUUGCGAAUACUAGCUUCUCAUGAUCUUGGUGUACAACGUGUAUAAAGAUACAAUAACGACAAAAUAUGACAAAAAAAAGUGAUGAAAAUGCAAUACGAAUCGAAUAAUUGUUUCGAGCCUCGAGAUAAUGAUUUCUCGACGACUGGUUCUCUCAGUCAACAUGUAAAUAUUCAAAUAUUUUCCGUUAAAUAAAACAAAUAUUACCAAAAA